AGUCGACCGAUAUUGCCCACGAUGGAGAAAUACGCUAGGAUCGUCCAAAAGCUUAUUUCGUUAAACAUCAAGUUAGUAGCAGUGGACUUUGAUCAAACAAUCAUCAAUAUACAUACGGGCGGUGUAUGGCAAUUCACAAGUAAGAGUCUCGUUUCACGUGUGCGACCGUGUUUCAAGCAGUUCUUCGUGGCAGCCUUGAGUUGCAGUGAUUUGUACGUAGCUAUAGUGACGCAAUCGCCGCAGAUUUCUCUUAUUCGGGAGGUUAUAGAGCAAGCUUUGCCUGAAUGUGACACCAGUAGAAUACAUUAUAGAGGGGCAGAUGGAGGAUGGAGUGAGGUGAAAGGAAUUUCGAAGGAAGGAAAACAACAGCACAUUGAGUCUGUGAUUCAGCAGAUUGAAAAAGAGCACAGAGUGAAAAUUAAAAGCAAGGAGGUUAUUCUCUUAGACGAUGAUGAAAGAAACAUUUCAGUGGCUAAGAGUUGUAAAAUGAAAACACUUCUUGUGAAAGGAGAUGACAGCCUUGAUCAGCUCCUGGAAGCAAGGUAUUGGACAUCUUCACUUUGAGUGACAUCAGAACUGCUCUUACACUUUUCAAGAAUGUGUUCCUGGAUGCUCGCAGUUCAGCUGAAAUAUCAAUCCCUCUGGGGACAAUAAUGUAGAUUACAGAAUCAAAUAUUACGUUAGUGUAAUGCCCAGGACAAUUUUUACUCAUGGAGGAGGGGCACUGCACUGUUGGGUGGUUUUCCUUCUUUUAGUAUUGUAAUAUUGAAGUUUGUCCUGUUUGCUUUUCUCUUGUUCCUAGACACCGCACCUGAUUAUCAAUUUACCCCUUUAAACUCCCAAGAUCAAAUUGUUUAUUCUCCCCUCUGGCUGCUUCCCAUUUUCUUGUAAAUUAGUUAGGACAA